AUGGGAGAGUCUCUGUUUUCUCGUGCCUACUUCGAUGCCGUCUAUAUUCCGGCUGGUCUCAUUGUGUUCGGCACUUGGAUCCUGAAGAAGGAGUAUGUUCCUUAUGCCACGGCUGUCGCGCUGGCCUUGGCUGGCAUCAAGUUCUACAACCUCCAGCCCAAGAAAGUCUUGAUCCCCGACGUUUUCCAGGACUUUGAGCUUAUCGAGAAGACCAUUGUCUCCCACAACGUUGCUAUUUACCGAUUCAAGCUCCCCUCCCCUACCUCGAUCCUUGGUCUUCCUAUCGGUCAGCACAUCUCGAUUGGCGCCACCAUCUCCAAGGCCGACGGCACCAGCCAAGAGGUUGUUCGCUCUUAUACCCCCAUCACGGGCGAUGACCAACCCGGCCACUUCGACCUGCUCGUCAAGUCCUACCCCACCGGCAACAUCUCCAAGAACUUGGCCACUCUCGCCAUUGGCCAGACUAUCCGAGUGCGCGGUCCCAAGGGUGCUUUCGUCUACACUCCUAACAUGGUGCGGCACUUUGGUAUGAUUGCUGGAGGAACCGGCAUCACCCCCAUGCUCCAGGUUGUCAAGGCCGUCAUCCGUGGACGUGCUGCCGGCGACAAGACCGAGAUCGAUCUCAUCUUCGCCAACGUCACCGAGCAGGACAUUCUUCUCAGGGAGGACCUCGAUACUCUCGCCAAGGAGGAUCCCGGCUUCAGGGUCCACUACGUUCUUGACAGGCCCCCUGAGGGCUGGACCGGCGGUGUUGGCUACGUGACUUCUGAGAUGAUCACCAAAUUGCUUCCCAAGCCCGCCCAUGAUGUCAAAAUCCUUCUCUGCGGCCCCCCUCCCAUGGUCAGUGGUCUCAAGAAGGCUACCGAGGCUCUUGGAUACAAGAAGGCCAGGCCCGUCAGCAAGCUUGAAGACCAGGUCUUUGCUUUUUAA